UGUCUGCGCGCCACCAGUGGUGCUCUGCUGUCAUUACUCUCUAUCGCCACAACAAUGGCGGCUCUCAGGACAGACAUUCGCAAGACGUUCCCCGGAACGGACGAGGUGGUCGUCGAUUACAUCGCCGGACUGGUGGACGAUGUGGACGAGGACGUGGACGACAUUGUCGACCAGACGCGCGGGAUGCUUCAAGCGGGCCCAUCGAGCAGCGACAACAAGGCGCUGAACGACUUUAUGGACCGUCUUGUGCAGUACCUCGACUCCCAGAGUUCCAAGCGCGUCCGCAAGGCCGCAACCGCGACCAAGCUGGCGAGCUCGGUGCAGAUGCGCUCGCAGCAGAUGUCGGCUACCAUCGCGAUGAGCGGGCGCGUCGAUCUUGACUCGGUCAACAAGGGCCAGGCGUCGCGUGUGGACCUCACCAAGCUCGCUAAGGCCGAGGCCAAGCUCAAGGCCAAGCUUGAGAAGCGCAGCAAGCGCUCGCUGUACGAGGGCUCAAAGCUCAUCGACAAGAUGCAGCAGCAGCAGAGCUACGAGGAGAUGUUCAUGAAGGUCAACCCGCUCGACCUGUCCGGCGCAGCGAAGGGCAAGUCCAAGGAUAUCCACCUCACGAACAUCGACGUCAGCUUCGCCUCCAACCGUAUCCUCAGCGGCGCGACGCUCAACAUGGCGUACGGACGGCGUUACGGUCUCAUCGGUCGUAACGGUGUGGGUAAGUCGACGCUGCUGCGGCACAUCGCACUUCGUGAGGUGGCGAUUCCGACGCACAUUUCCAUCUUGUAUGUGGAGCAAGAGAUCAUUGGCGACGACACCAAGGCCAUCGACUCAGUGCUCAAGGCCGACGUUUGGCGCCACAAGCUCAUCACGGAUGAGAAGGAGAUCAAUGCCAAGCUCGAGAACAUGGAGAAGAACCCCGUGCCAAGUGACGCGCCAGAGGGAGACAAGAUUGCGGCUGAGCGGGAGAAGGACGAGCUCGCUGCCCGUCUCGGCGAGAUUCAGCAGAACCUUAUUGACAUGGAGGCCGACACUGGCCCCGCUCGUGCCGCCCACCUCCUCGCCGGUCUCGGUUUCUCCGAAGCCGACCAGCAGAAGCCCACGCGCUCUUUCUCCGGUGGUUGGCGUAUGCGUCUCGCCCUCGCCCGUGCGCUGUUCGUCAAACCAGACCUUCUCAUGCUCGACGAGCCGUCCAACAUGUUGGAUCUCAACGCCAUCGCAUGGUUGGAAGACUACCUUCAGACAUGGCCCGGUACUAUCCUCGUCGUCUCGCACGACCGCUCGUUCCUCGACGCCGUCGCGACCGACAUUGUGCACCAGCACUCGCAGCGUCUUGACUACUACAAGGGUAACUUCUCACAGUUCCACGCAACCAAGACGGACCGCGCGCUCCAGCAGAAGAAGGAGUACGAGGCCCAGCUUGCGUACCGCCAGCACCUGCAGGCGUACAUCGACCGAUGGCGCUACAACGCCAACCGUGCACCUCAGGCUCAGUCGCGUAUCAAGAUCCUGGAGAAGCUCCCCGAACUCGAGCCGCCCGAGGAGGAGGACCAGAGCGAGAAGUUCAAGUUCCCAGAGCCAGAGAAGAUCUCGCCACCAUUGCUACAGCUCGACGAGGCCGAGUUCGGAUACACGCCGGACAAGCAGAUUCUCAAGGGCGUCAACUUCGACGUGCAGAUGGACAGCCGUAUCGCCGUCAUUGGCCCGAACGGUGCGGGCAAGUCGACGCUCAUCAAGCUUCUCACUGGUGUGAUCCAGCCCAACAAGGGCUCGCAGAACAUCAACUCGCGUGUACGCAUCGGUUACUUCACCCAGCACCACAUGGACCAGCUCGACGUCACCCUGUCGCCUGUUGCGUUCCUGCAGCAGAAGUUCCCUGGCCAGACGGAGCAAGAGUACCGCGCGCACUUGGGUGCCUUCGGCAUUACGGGUCUGACGGGUUUGCAGAAGAUGGAGACGCUGUCAGGUGGUCAGAAGUCGCGUGUCGCCUUCGCCGUGCUUGCGUUUACGCGCCCACACAUCCUCCUUCUCGACGAGCCGACCAACCACCUCGACGCAGAGGGUCUCGACGGUCUUGCGGCCGCCGUCAACGCGUUCAAGGGCGGAUGCAUUAUCAUCUCGCACGACUCGACGUUCAUUCACACCGUCGCCGCACAGCUGUAUGUGUGCGCCAACGGCCGCGUCGACAAGUUCAAUGGCGACGUCACGGACUACAAGCGCCUCAUCGUCGAGGAGAUCAAGCACAAGAACAGCCCAUAGUUUGCUGCAUAUGCGUGAUGACAUGAAUCUAACGGCGAUACAGUGGCGCCUCUACGUCGCUUUCGUCGCUGCUGGUCUCGUCAGAACUCUCCUCGUCCUCCUUAAACUCCUCAGGGUCGUACUCCGGAACAAAGUCGCGGCGCGGCUGCGCCGCGACGCCAAUCUCGAGUACCGUCUCCUCUUCACUCUCCGUCUCUUCCUCACUGCCCUCAUCUGAUCCCUCUGAGUUGAGGAAAUCGUCCAGGUCGCGGAACUUGGCGCGCGUUGUGUGAGGCACAGAACUGGCGGGCGAGCUCUCGAGUGGGGUAACUGGCGUUGACCGACGGGGCACAGCCAGCGCUGCGAGAUUUGCGGCGGCAGCGGAGGGUUGAGAGCCAAAGUUUGGAUGCGAGCUGAGGUUGGGCUGCGAACCGAAGGAGC